UAAAAGAUGUAUGUGUAAUCAUGUAAUGAGGUUGUUACAGGCGUUUUCAGGUGAUUCUGACUAUCGUAUUCAUAGCCAUACGUUCGAGGAAAACGUAGCUGUAUGACAUUAAUUGUAAGAUCGUAUAGAUCUUGAUUUUACAAUUGAAUUUUAAAAAUGAGGAUCGCUGUGGAGGGCUGCGCUCAUGGCGAACUGGACAUUAUUUAUGAGACUAUACAGGAAAUCGAAAAAAUCGAUGGAAGAAUGAUAGAUCUGCUUAUUUGCUGCGGCGAUUUUCAAGCGACCAGAAAUUUGAGUGAUUUAAAAUGCAUGGCAGUAUCAGAUAAGUACAAGGAUAUGUGUACAUUUUACAAAUAUUAUUCUGGUGAAAAAGAAGCUCCUAUAUUAACCAUAUUUAUUGGAGGCAAUCACGAAGCAUCAAAUUAUCUGCAGGAAUUGCCAUAUGGAGGAUGGGUUGCACCUAAUAUUUAUUAUCUUGGAUACGCAGGUGUAAUACAGGUAGCUGGAAUCAGAAUUGCUGGGCUUUCAGGUAUAUACAAGAGUCGACAUUGGAUGCAGGGACAUUAUGAGAAGCCUCCCUAUACUGAUAGUACUAUACGAAGUGUCUAUCAUAUCAGGAAUCUAGAAGUGUUUAGAUUAAAACAGCUUUCUGGUAAAAUUGAUAUUUUUUUAUUACAUGAUUGGCCAGCAGGAAUAACAAAAUAUGGAGAUGAAGAUACAUUGCUGAAACAAAAACCAUUUUUUAAGGAAGAUAUAGAGAAUAAUGCACUUGGCAGUCCUCCAUGUAUGGAACUGUUAGAACGUCUUUAUCCGUCCUACUGGUUCUCCGCGCAUUUACAUUGCAAAUUUGCAGCACUCGUUCCUGAGAAAGGAGGAGCACGAGUGACGAAGUUUUUAGCGCUGGACAAAUGUCUGCCGAAACGAAAAUUUCUUCAGAUACUGGAGGUGCGUUCACAGGAAGACGGUCCAAUACAAUUGAAUUACGAUCUGGAAUGGUUAACGAUACUUUAUUUGACGAAUCAUCUACUGAGCGUCAAGAGUAGUAUUCAUUAUAUGCCUGGUCAGUAUGGCAUUGGCAGAUGGAGCUACACACCCACGGCAAAGGAGAAACAAACUGUCUAUGAGAAAUUUGCCUCCAAUUUGCGAAUUCCUCUCAACUUUACUCGAACUGUCAAACCGUAUGAUCCGUGCAACAUAAAUACUCAGACCGAAUGGCCGCGACUGCUGAUCAAUGAUCAGACUACUCGAUUCUGCGAGAUGCUGGGUAUCGAUGAUCCUUCUGCUCUACUACAGAUUAUCGCAAACACUGCAAUGGAUAACAGUAGAUCGAGCGAAUUGUCGAUGGAAACAUCCGGCGAAUACACGUCAGAAUCCAUGGAUAUCUCAUUCGACGAGGAAAGUGUAUUCAGUUCCACCUUUGAGGAGAACAAUUCAACAAACAAGUAUUUCGUCGACAACUCACCGACAAACUUUUCCCCUAAGAGUGAUGGCGAUGAUUCAGAUAACAGGGAUACAAGUAAAAGUACCUUGGAUGAAACUGUUAAUAACUCAACCACAGAAAUUGUAGAUUUCACUUCAAUGGACGACAGUAAUGAAAAAACUUGUGUCCAAACCGAGCCGAACUGCAAAAAGUUUAAACGCCGAAAUUAUUCUGUAUACUCUAGCACGCGAAAAAUGGACAAGUUGACUGUUAUCUCGGUGGUACUCUUCUUUGUUGCGGAUAUCUCCGCCAUAAUCAGCAUCUCCAUGCCGGACUGGAUCAUUACUGAUGUCGGCGGCGACACAAGAUUAGGUCUGAUGUGGUCAUGUAUGACUUUGUACAACAGACCGCAGGUCUGCUUUAAAUCAGAACUGGAAUUGGAAUGGUUGUUGGCAUUAGUCUGCAUAUUUAUUGGUUGUAUUCUGAUCACAGCAACUGUAAUAUUACUCAUGCUGUCGCAUUGGGAUCGUACUGUCAUUCCAUUUGCACGCUGGGUAGGAUUCACUGCUAUGAUACUGUUUUGUCACGCAGCAGUUAUAUUUCCAAUGGGAUUUUACAUUGACGAGAUUGGCGGGCAACCCUAUCAGUUGCCUAAUUCACAUCAAGUUGGGAUUGCUUACAUUUUAUUUGUUCUGGCUCUAUGGAUUACAGUAAUCUCCGAACUUUUUGCAGGCAAAGUUUGUCUACCACAUUUUUAG